UCCGGGUAAUACGACCGUGGAGAUUGAGGCCACGGAGCCCGGAGUGGGGAACUGAACCACUGAACCAGUCAGCUGCGAAGUGCGACGACUAUCGGGCGUUUUGUGAGCCCACCAAACAUUUACACCAAAAUGUGUUGAGUGAAUAAUCAAAACGUGAAUUAAACAAUGGCUGAGUUAAAUCUAGACCUGGAGCAAUCGCUCCAACUAAGAAUGGCACAAUUCAAAAGCGAUCCCGAAAAAAUGCAAGACGUUAAUGACUUUUUAAACGAGCUCUUCGAAAAAGCCCAAAAGGAGGCCGAGCACAGGAACGGAACAAAGGGUAAAGGAAAACUGGACGCUUUAGGCAUACAGAAUGGGACUAAGCGGAUUGGGGCUUGGUCGAAUCGGGCUCGCUCGCAAGCUCGCACAUUCGCCACCAGGAUAUUUACGACAAUUUGCAACUGCACGAACUCAGUUCGUAGCGUUGUCGUAAAUCGCAACUAAUCUAAGUUGAUGGAUCUGUGUUAUGUUUAUCUGUGUUGAAGAGAUGUUUGUGUUGCAUAUAUGUCAAUCAAAAUUACUCUUCCCUUUUAUUUUUUUACCAAAUAGGGAGCGAAGAAGACUAACGCACCGUUGUUUUCAACUUUUGAGAUGUUUUUACAAGAAUUGACCAAUUGGAGCUUAUUUAAUACACUGGCGGACACGGAAUUUUGGACAAAAAUGUAAAACGCGCCUUAGGCAACUAACCUCACUUUUUGUAAUUUUUAUCCUAGCUAGAGAAAAAAUGACAACAAAUCAAAAUAAUUCAUUGAAUUUA